GAGAAAGAGAGAGAAGGAGUAGAAAGAAGUAGAGGAAGAAGCAGCACGCGACAUGGCUCGAAGGUGGAACAACUGUGUUGGAGGACGCGAGAAGAGAUAUGACCACGUACACAGAUACAUAACAUACAUACACUCGGUAAUGCCCAGAGUCACAUACGUACACACACGAAUAUGUCUACGAACGAUUGAAGGAGGGGAAAAGCUAUGGAGAGUGUGUGCAACUUCGAAAUAUCUUUACUCGUGCUUCGAAAGACCCACCGUCCUCAUACUCUGUGUCAAGUAUCAUCGCGUAUGUGCGUGUAUGCGCGUAUUCACUAACACUACGAAAGGAACGAGCGUAACGUCGAAUAGAGACACAUGAGUAGUAACGCGUGCGGUCACGAGUGUAUUUCUUCCUUCCCUCUAUCUUUCUAUCUUUCUCUCUCUCUCUCUCUCUCUCUUUAUUUCGCUCGUUUACUGAAAUUCGCAUCUUCUUCUCUUCCUUCCUUCCUUCCUUCCUUCCUUCUUUUUUACUUUCGAUGUCGUCGUCGUCGUCGUCGUUGUCGUCGUCGUUGUCGUCGUCGUUGUCGUCGCAUGACUCGCUGAACGAACAACCUGCUUCUCGGUGAACUCGAAGAAUCUCCGACGAGGAGAGAGGAUUUAUGGAGACGUUGGACGGAUUCGUUUAUCGCCUUACGGAGAUCGUUCUCUUGUUUUCGGUUUAAAGAACUGAUCGAACUGAGAAACGGUAGGAUAGAAGAAGAUAGAAGAGAAAGAGUAGGGGAUGAUGAUGACGACCGAACUAGAUUCGAUCCUCUUGACGUCCUUCGUCUUCGUCUUCGUAACCUUUUUAAGUUUCUCGAUUGUUGAAAGCGAAGCUACGAUCGAAGUAACUUCGGGAAGAUGCUGCGUCCUAGAAUCAAGAAAAAAGGAAGAAAGGGAAAGAGAAACGAGAUGUACCAAUUUACUCGACGACGAUGCAAAUCGCACACUUCCGUUUAUCGAAAAUAAUUCCGAAAUGACGAGCACCGUGGUGGACUCAUGGGUAUGCUUCGACGCUUGUUUCGAGUAUCGGUCUAACAACAGUUUCGUCAUUCUCCAAAGGUUCCUCAAUCGUAACGAAUCUUUUAACAUUAGCCUGGAGAGACAAAGAGAAGCUAAUGACAACAAUAAAAGUCUAUGCAAGAUAGACAAAGAACGAAAGGAAAUCGAAAAGGAAGAUACGAAAUAUUGUCGCAGUAUUUUAACGCCAUUGAGUUUUUGGGGUGCCAACAUAGUUGUGUUCGCGAACGUGAUCUACAUCGUACCAUAUCUCAUCGUUGUCCUGAUUUAUUCGACGGUCUCCGGGCUACGUAAACGCGCUUACGAUAACGCGGUCCUCAGUUACAACGUUUCGCAGGUCGUCUUAAACUCUAUCCUCAUCGCCGUCGGGUGGUCCUUACUCUGUCGUGUCAGUCUGUACUUCUCGGUAUACACUAUCUCCUGUUUGGCUCUGAUGUUUCUAUCGAUAUCUUCCACCUUCUGGCUCUUCGUCAUUUGCAUCGACAUGACCCUGGUCAUCACCAGACUCCGUUGGACGCCACCAGCCGAUCCCAAACAGCAACGAGCUCAAGAAAGACGAAAGUUUCUGAUAUACUCUGUUUGGGUUUGGGGUAUAUCCUUCGUGCCAACGGCUAUUGCUUGUAUCGUCGAAUUAUCGCCUUUAAUACCAAAGAGCUCGCCUAUCAAGCCAAAUUUUGAAAACUUUUCCAAUGGUCCUAAUAUUACUGUCAUCGUCUACGUCGCAACUAUACCUGUUCUUAUAUGUCUGAUGAACAGUAUACUCUUCGUUUAUACCACUUACAAGAUAAUCGUCAUUAAAAAGUCCACUGCGAUCGCUAGCAAGACAACGAUAAAAGCCAAGGAAUCCUAUUUUAUGUUUCUGAAGCUUUACUUUCUGAUGGAUGCACCAUGGAUUACCAGUGCUCUUGGUGCCAUCUACACCGAACUUUGGAUGUUUAAGUUUCUUAGAAUGAUCCAACCGAUCCUCAUGCUGAUCGUUAUAUUGCCGAAAGAUUCAUUCAGAAAUAUUUUUCGUAGGUGUCCUUUCUUUAAAUGUAAAUCGGUUACCCAUAACGAAGAGAAUGUUGAAAUAAAGUGAUACAGUUUCUCUUCCUCUGUGAGAUAAUCUUAAACGCGUCUCACGUUCUGUUAUUCGUUAAGAAAUUAACAAGAUCGUAACGAUUCGUAAUAAAUAAUUCUAGUGAUUUCUAUUUGUCUUUAAAAUUAUAGUUAAAAGUCACUUUUCGCGUGACUCUUUCCAGUAACUCGGUAACAAUGCUCUCUACAUUACCGAUCAUUCUCAAAUAAUGUACAAUGACUUUUUAGAUUAGACAAUAAUUAUCUCAAUAACAUGCAACAACAAAUUUUACUUCGAUCGUUUAGUAACGCGAUUAACACGCACGAACGAUGAUUCAUUUCGUUACGAAUCGCUGUUUGCUAAAGAUAACCAAACGCAAUUAAAUUGAUUGCACGAAUGAAUAAUAUCAGUGUAAUUAUUUCUCGGACAGUAUACUACGUUAAUUACAUAAAGACGAAUUAUAAGUUACUAAUUAUACAACCUGUUAAAUAUUUAAAUGUGUAAAAGACUGACGUUUAUUAAUCCGAUCUAAUUCAUUAAUAUAAUUCUAUUAUCGUGAAGAAAAGAAUGAUAUAUGAACGUGUAUCAUUUUUAUGGACGAUAUUUACCUAUGAACAAAAAUACAUGUAUGAAUAUUUAUAAAAGAUCGAUUCGUAAAAUAGAAAUAUAUUUAUGCGACUUACGAUCAGACUUUCCGAUUCUAACGAAAAUGAAUAAAUCUAUCGAAGAAAUAUACAUUUUUAUUUCUUAGUCGGAUUCGAUCAUUUAUCAUGUCCUGCAUGAAGGAAGCAAAAGGAUCGUCGAAUCGGAACGAACAUCGUACGAUGACGAAUGAUCGUUUAAUGCGAUAAAUGAUACACGAUGAUUAGGAUAAGAGCCGGCAAUUAUAAAGAAUCGUUCGUGAGAAUGAUGGAACGCGUUCCGCAACGUGUUACACGGGCGAGUGCGUCGAGACAUGAGGGACAGACUACUAAACGUUCGCGGUCAGUGCGGUCGUUGCAGUUACCGUAAAAGAGAAGCGCAAGCGACUUACUAUUUCAACGACGCCUUAACUUCGAGUCUCACUUCUAGAAACAUAUUAAACCUCAAGAGAAAACGAGAUAAAAAAAGAAAAAGUAAAACGUCUCCUGUUUUUUU